AACCUUGCAGACUCGAACACCUGUGCUGCCGACAACGGUGGAUGCGACCAAAUAUGUGAGGAAAAGCAUGGAAAGUUCUAUCGAUGUAAAUGUAAGCAUGGAUAUCGUCUGGGAGACGAUAAGAAGAAAUGUCAUCCUAUUGACCCAUGUUUGGACAAAAAAGGUGGUUGUCAACAUCACUGUGUGAAUGAAAAUGGGCGAGCCAGAUGUCAGUGCUUCGCCGGAUAUCGACUAGCUUAUGAUAGAAAAACUUGCAUAGCUAUUGACCCAUGUCUGGACAAAAAAGGUGGCUGUCAACAUCACUGUGUGAAUGAAAAUGGGCGAGCUAGAUGUCAGUGCUUUGCCGGAUAUCGACUAGCUUAUGAUAGGAAAACUUGCAUAGAUAUUGAUGAAUGCCUCGUUCAAAAAGGAGGUGGUUGCCAACAUGAAUGCGUCAAUACUUUCGGGUCAUACAGAUGCCGUUGUCGCCCUGGUUUCACUUUGGCCGAAGAUGGUCGAUCUUGCGAUGAGCAACUUACAGGAUGUCAAAUAGCAAAUGGUGGUUGCCAGCAUGAUUGCUAUGAUCAACCUGAUGGUGGACAUGUAUGUAAAUGCAGAGAUGGGUAUGAUUUAGCCGAGGAUGGGAUGAGCUGUAAAGGUAAAAAACUUCUUGAAGUGUUGAGAUUGAUAAUAUUGCUUUUAAUACCAAACGCUUCAAAAAGCAGUUGUGGAAAUUUGUUGCUAAGGAGCUGUGAGAGGAAAUUCCUUGCUCCUGUAUGA